AUGGGCAUCUUUUCCAGUUCCAUCGAUAGGUUCUGCGAGCACUGCUCGACCCCCUUCAUCUGGACUCUGGCAGUGGCUGGCGCGUUAUCGUUCAUCUCACUGUCCGUGGCCGUCAAUUUCCUGCGCCAAUUGCUGUUCAAGAGUCCUCAUGAGCCGCCUGUGGUUUUCCACUGGUUUCCAUUCAUUGGCAGCACUGUCAAGUAUGGCAUUGACCCGUACAAAUUCUUCUUCAGCUGCCGCGAAAAAUACGGUGACAUUUUCACCUUUGUACUUCUCGGCAAGAAAACCACCGUCUACUUGGGCACCAAGGGCAAUGACUUUAUUCUAAAUGGCAAGCUUCGGGAUGUUUGCGCCGAGGAGGUCUAUUCGCCUCUGACUACCCCUGUCUUUGGGCGUGAUGUCGUCUAUGAUUGCCCGAACUCCAAGUUAAUGGAGCAGAAGAAGUUUGUAAAAUUUGGCCUUACUUCCGAAGCGCUUCGAUCCUAUGUUCCCCUGAUCACCAACGAGGUUGAUCAGUUCGUUCAAAACUCCCCCGCGUUCCAGAGUUUUAAGGGCACCUUUGACGUAUCCAAGAUCAUUGCCGAGAUAACUAUAUACACGGCAUCGCGCUCGCUCCAGGGCAAGGAAGUCCGGGAUCGAUUCGACUCUACUUUUGCCCGGAUGUACCGUGACCUUGAUAUGGGCUUCGCGCCGAUAAACUUCAUACUACCCUGGGCCCCGCUCCCCCACAACCGCAAGCGUGACGCUGCGCAGCGGAGGUUGACCGAGACGUAUACGAAGAUUAUUCGGGACCGUCGCAAGGCUGGUGGCCAGAAAGAUUCGGAGGACAUGGUCUGGAAUCUGAUGUCGUGCACCUACAAGAAUGGUAAACCUAUCCCCGAUGAGGAGGUUGCUCAUAUGAUGAUCGCCAUGUUGAUGGCAGGCCAGCACUCCUCGUCUUCGACGGCGGCCUGGAUUGUUCUGCGCCUGGCCACUUGCCCGGAGAUCAUGGAGGAACUCUACCAAGAACAACUUCGAGUCCUAGGUGCCGACUUGCCUUCUCUUACUUACGAGGGCCUUCAGAAACUGGAUCUGCAUUUCAAGGUGAUCAAGGAAACCCUUCGCAUCCACGCCCCCAUCCACUCGAUCCUCCGCUCCGUCAAGAACCCCAUGCCUGUGGAGGGAACUCCGUACGUCAUCCCAACUACCCACAAUGUCCUUUCCUCCCCUGGUUUUACUGCACGAUCAGAGGAAUUUUUCCCCGAGCCAAUGAAGUGGAACCCUCAUCGCUGGGAUAAGGUUAUGGUGGCCAAGGACGAGGAUGAGGAACAGAUCGAUUACGGUUAUGGCCUGGUCAGCAAAGGCACUAAUAGCCCGUACCUUCCAUUUGGUGCCGGCCGUCAUCGCUGCAUCGGUGAGCAGUUUGCAUAUGUGCAGCUGGGCACGAUCUUGGCCGUGCUGGUGCGGCAAUUCAAGUUCUCCAAGUCUCCCGGUGUCAAUGACCUCCCGGAGACAGACUACUCGUCUUUGUUCUCCAAGCCAUUGAGCAAAUCAUUUGUUAGCUACCAAAAGCGUGGAGUCAAAAUAUAG